AUGUCAAUCCAUUCGAUCCGUCGUCAAGUCAAAAAUGUGGCUCUGAAAUAUUCAGAAGCACAAGUGAAAGUUCGAAAUGCGACGAGCAACAGUCCGAGCGGUCCGUCGGCGUACCAAAUGGAGGAAAUUGCCAUUUUAACGCAGAAUCCCGUUUGUUAUAUGGAAAUUAUGGCAAUUAUCUGGCAGAGAUUGAACGAUUCGAACAAAAAUUGGCGUCAUGUGGAUAAGAGUUUGACUCUGCUGGAGUACUUGAUCAGAAGGGGACAUUCACAGGUGAUCGAAAUGAGCCGUCAAAAUUUGUACAUGAUUGAGACGCUGAAAGACUUUGAAUACGAGGAAAAUCGUCAGGAUCGUGGAUUCGACAUUCGUCAGAAAGCGCUGAAUAUCGCUUCGGUGCUCACGGAUUUGGAAACUUUGAAAAAGAAGAAUCGAGAAAAUUCUGGAAUGGAAAGGAAUGGACAGAGGAUGGAAAUGGUUCGUGAAUACCCGGAUGAGCUCCUCCCAUCGGAUAUGAUCGAAGAGGACAUGCAACUUCAAUUGGCACUCGCAUUAUCACGUGAACAGUGUGAAAAAGAGCUGGAAAUGAGCAAAAGUGAUGAGGUUCGACUUCAGAUGGCAAUGGAGAAUUCGAAAAAGUCCCAACCAACGAUUGCUCAUGUGGACCCGCCCACGUUGUGCUCUUCCUCGAAUCUCCUUGGUGGUCUCUCGGAUCCAUGGGCGAUGUCCACGUCUCCAGCGAAAACUCCAAUUUGCACCACAUCAUCUUCAAUUACAAACAAUUUUUUGGGUGAAAAUGGGAAAUUGGUGAAUUUGGACGAUUUGAUGGGCACCGGAAGUGCUUCGAGUAGCUCUGGAAAUCCGUGGUCCAGCUCUUCUCAUCAAAUUUCUGCUCCGCCGGCACCUGUCAAUUCAUUUGCUUCACAACGAAAAAUGCCAACACUGAAUGAGAUGCGGGCUGCUCAAAACCCCGCUCACUUUACCACCAAUCAAUCGAUCGAUAAUCGAUCGAUUUUCGAAAAUCAACAAAUCGAUAAAUCGGUUGAUCCAUUUGCCGGAUUGUUCUUCUAA